AUGCUAUGGGUGGGCGGCAGGGAAGUAGUGGGCACUGGUGAACCCAUAGCUGUAGAAAAUCCAGCAAACAUGGCGGUAUUUGCAGAAUGCCAUUCUGCAUCGCCUCGGGAUGUCGAUGACGCUGUCCAACUUGCUCACAAAGUCUUCAAAUCAGGAGUCUGGGCCAAAGCUCCUCGACACACGCGAGCUGACGUGCUGGAUAAAGCAGCUGAACUUCUCACCUCGAGGCUUUCUGUGCUAAUCCCGUUGGAAGUGGAGCAGACAGGAAGGGCGAUCAGAGAGAUGCAAGCCCAGGUCCCAUCCUUGGUUCGUUGGUUUCGUUACUUUGCUGCUGUGCUUCGCACUGAAGAGCGCCCUGUCCUACCAACUAUGGGCAAGCUGCAUAACUGGAUAGAACGGGUUCCGCUCGGCGUUGUUGUUCAGAUCACUCCAUUCAACCAUCCCUUGCUCAUCGCAGUUAAGAAACUUGCCCCUGCUCUAGCGGCAGGGAAUAGUGUUGUGCUCAAGCCGAGCGAGCUCACACCGCUCACAAGUUUACUAUUAGGGCCGAUUUUGAAAGAAGCAGGGCUUCCCGAUGGCGUUUUCAACGUUCUACCCGGCCUUGGAGCUACAACGGGACGUGACCUCGUAAGUCACCCGCUUGUACGGAAAGUUGACAUUACCGGAGGAACGGUUGCCGGGAGAGCAAUCGGUUCAAUUGUCGGUAAUAACUUGGCACGUUAUAAUGCAGAGCUAGGUGGAAAGGCGCCUUUGAUCAUAUUCGAAAAAGCCAAUCUUGAACUUGCUGUCAAUGGUGUCGCAUUCGGAUCAUUCAUCGCGACUGGUCAGACUUGCGUUGCAGCCACUCGGAUCAUCAUUCACAAAAGUAUUCUCACAACCGUAGAAGAGAAGCUUUCUCAAAAAGCCAGAUCUAUUGCACGACGUAUGGGCUCGCCUACAAACACAAAUUCCUCCAUGGGCCCUCUUAUAUCAUCUAAACAACUUGGAAAUGUCGUUAACCUUGUUGACGAUGCUGUUGCAAAUGGCGCAAGAGUUGUCUGCGGCGGAAGGAGAAUGGCUGGUACAUCUGAACUCGAUGGUACGAAUUUCGCCGAGGGCUAUUUCUUCCCACCAACAAUUUUGGCUUCCAGCCCAGAAUGCGACAUUACCAAGACUAGAAUCUGGCGCGAGGAGGCAUUUGGUCCAGUCAUUCUACUUGUUGAGUUUGAAAGCGAACAAGAAGCGCUAGAGCUCGCCAACGAUAGCGAAUUCGGCUUGGGAGCAGCACUGUGGACCGAUGAUUUAAGUCAAGCUUUUAGAGUAUCUGAGCAGAUUGAGUCUGGUAUUGUUUGGGUGAACACGCACCAUCGGAACGAUCCGAGCAGCCCAUGGGGUGGAGCAACUACUGCAAGUGGCGUUGGAAGUGAAAAUGGAGUUGAGGCAUAUUACGCGUAUACGACGACGAAAAGUAUCAUCAUUAAUUAUGCUUCUGGGAAUGAGGCUGCAGCGGACGAUUGGUUUAGAGAAGAUGGUGCUCAAGUUCGUUAUGGAUGA